AUGAGCCACACAGCUGAAGAGCUGUUAAUCAUCUAUGAGACGGAGGCAGAGCAAUGGGCCACCUAUCUGCAUUCAGCCUUCAUUGGUCCAAUCUCAGAAGCUGGGAUCUGCUGCUACGACAUCGGCACAGUGUCCAGCCGGCAGGACGACUUCCUCAGACUGGCCCAGUAUAGCUGCAAGCUUCUAAUCCUCUCCAAGGGUAUGCUGGAGGGUCUGUGCCAGAAGAGGCGCUUCUUCCUGUCCCGUGUGCUGCGUCCCGCUGCUCAUGUAGUGGUGCUGCUGUGUGGGGUGGAGAGUCUGACGCCACUGCUGGAGCUGGUGCCCCUGAACGGCGACGAGUGCCUGCAGGUCUCCAGUGAACAAGAUGCUCAUGAGUACCUGUCCACUGUGACUGAUAUUGUGAGAAAAGGUGUGUUAGCCACAGCAGAAAAUGUCAAUCCCUUGACACGUAAACUAUCAGGUUCGGAGCAAAAGGCGGAAGAAAUGCAGUCAACUGGAGCCCACAGCGUCAGAUCCACCAUUGCGGUCGUUCCCUCCAGAGUUUUGUGCGGGAGCUUUAUGGAAGUGUUCAUUCUUUUGAAAAAUCAGUCGGCUGGCAGAGACGCUGAGGUUGAGUUCACUUGUGAGAAUCAGACUCUGAAAGUGAAGCCUGUCUGCUGGAAUGAGCACAUCCUGUGUGUCAAUGCACCAGAUUUUCCAGCAGGAAAUGUAAGUGUGACCGUGUAUAGCCAUGGGGUGCCACUGAACAAGGCACACCUGCAGUACUACAGCAACAUGGAGGAAAUAACCUGCCUUCUGGCAAGAGCAGCAGACCCUGUAGAUUUCAUGUGUCAGGCUCUUCAGGAGUCCUCUGUGGAGAAGCUGGACCAGAAAUUGUCCUCCAUGUUGUUGACCGGCAUGCCCACUGGAGGAUUUCAGGGCCUGCAGUGUGAAAAAAUACCCAAAAGAGAGCUCCAUCAUGCAGAUGUACCAUCGCUCCUCCACUUUGCUGCCCAGUAUGGAUUCAAGAGUGUCUGCAGCCUGCUUCUGCAGUGUCCAGGUGCUGAGCGAGCACUGCACACAGCCAACUGCCGUGGACAGACUCCCACUGAGAUUGCCAAGAGUCACGGCCAUACAGAGCUUCACGUCUUAUUGAAGGAAACGCUGAAUAUGUUCAACUCAGGGGAGGACAAUGGUGAUGCCAGUGUCUACGAAAUUAUGUGCUCUGCAGGGACUCCUUCCACAGAGCACACACAGAAAGAGCAACGAGGAGAGAGAGAAGAGGGGGAGGACGAGGAUAUCUACGCAGCACCUCUGGGGGUGAAUGAUGAAUAUGACGCCAUCCUGAACUCAACAAAAGCAGUGGUUAUUGCCAAUCGUCCACCAGCACCUACACCUCGGCCUGAGAUCACCCAGGUGAAGGAGGACAGAACCCCUUACAUCACCAAAGUGUUCCAGAAGAAGAAGACGCCACAGGCUGCUGAUGCUGAUCUGUAUUCACUUCCCACGAAACAAGCAUGCGGUCGAGAAGACAGCGACUCUUCUUCCACCUAUGAUACCUUUGUGCCAAACCAGAUAAACGGACUCCAGCAGCUCACUGAGCUCCAGCAGAGGGUGAAGGCAGGUUCACUCCCUGUGGACGGGCCCGUGGAUCGUCUCGGCGAAUGGCAGCGUGUUCAGACGCAAAUGUACACCGCCAAGCAGGAGAAGCUGAGUCAGCAGAGAGCCAGCAAGGUUAACAACAGAGAGGAUGAUGACAGUGUCUAUGAUAAAAUCAACAUCGUUCAUCAAACGCCAAGUGUUACAGUGAGUGAAAGUCGAAGAGCAAGCCAAGUACCGGAGUCUGAUUUUUACAGCAAGCCUCUUAAAGGACAGCAUUUUGCAAGUUUCUUCUCGAAAGCUGAUAAACUGUGAAGGCUCCAUCACUCUACAAAGACUUCCACCAGUUAUAUCAGGUUUAAUCUGUAUGAAUGCAUCAUUUUAAUUGUAUUACUAACAAAGUUCUGUAAGUCAACGUAAUACGAAAUUAAAUCACUGAUUUUUGUCAUGUACUUCCUACUGCAUGUUCAGCUUUUAUCUCCUCUUUUAUAUUAUGGAAAUAAAUUCUAGUUUAGGUUAAAAAUAAUAAUAAUGAUAAAUAAAUAAAUAUAAUUUACAUUUCAAGGGAAACUUACAUCUACAGUAUCAUUUUUUUCUACAUUUUGUAAAAUUGUUUACGAAUGUCAACAUCUACCUUGCUAAUUUUGAAAAUAUUAAAGGCCUGUUCUUAUUUGCUGAAUUCAAUG